CCGCACGCGGUGGAGAGGAGCGCAUUCUCCAGUAAUCGGCUCGCUCCAGCGGCAGCAGCUCCAGCGCAGACCCAGCGCAGCCCGGACACAAGAGAUGUUUUCCUGCAGAGCGGCGUGGCAGAGGUGCGGGCCCGUGGCGCGGAGGGCCGCCUACAGCUUACCCCGGCACGGUGUCCAGCACAGGCCCAUGUCCUCUCUGCCCAGCGGAGGCUCGGGGGAGAACAUAGUGUACGCUCUGCUGUGUGGAGGGGCUUUUGUGGGAGCCGUGACCUAUGCCGUCAGCACCGUGUCCACGGACAGCGCCCGCUUCAACGACCGCAUCACAGAGUUGGCCUCCCGCCCCAAGUCAGAGUGGAAGCCCCGGCCCUGGCCCCCCAAGAGUGGAGAUGAAGAAGAGGAAGAGGAGGCCGCUGCUGAGGAAGAGGCCGCUGAGGAAGAGGCUGCUGAAGAGGCAGAAGAGGCAGCCGCAGAGGAGGAGCCUGCAGCCGAGGAGGAGCCUGCAGUAGAGGCAGAGUCUGCAGUGGAGGCUGCGGAGGAGGCCCCUGCGGCUGCGGAGGAGGCCCCUGCGGCGGUGGAGGCCCCUGCGGCGGAGGAGGCCCCUGCGGCGGAGGCCGUGGAGGAGGCCCCUGCGGCGGAGGCGGCCCCUGCGGUGGAGGUGGUCGUGGAGGAGGCCCCUGCGGCGGAGGCGGUUGUGGAGGAGGCCCCUGUGGCGGAGGAGGCCCCUGCGGCGGAGGAGGCCCCUGCGGCGGAGGCGGUCGUGGAGGAGGCCCCUGCGGCGGAGGCGGUCGUGGAGGAGGCCCCUGCGGCGGAGGCGGUCGUGGAGGCGGCCCCUGCGGUGGAGGCGGCCCUGCGGUGGAGGCGGCCCCUGCGGUGGAGGCGGCCCCUGCGGUGGAGGCGGCCCCUGCGGUGGAGGCGACCCCUGUGGUGGAGGCCCCUGUGGUGGAGACGGCCGUGGAGGAGGCCCCUGUCGUGGAGGCUGUUGUGGAGGCCCCUGUUGCGGAGGCGGCCCCUGUGGUGGGAGCCGUGGAAGCGGUGGCGGCGGAGGUUGUCUCAGAGGUGGCCGAGGUAGUGGCAGAGGUGGCGCAGGAAGUGGAAACUGUGGCGCAGGAAGCGGUGGUGGUGGCGCAGGAAGUAGAGACUGUGGCGGAGGAAGUGGCUAAAGUGGCCGCGGCCGUGGAGAAGGCGGCAGAGUCUGUGGAGAAGGCGGCAGAGG